AUGGCUUCCGCAACGCCCACACAGCGCGAGCAGGCGCAGGCGAGGCUCUCCUUUGCAAAGGUCGCCGCCUCUGCCUUGCAGCCGCCCACAGCUGCCCAGACCACCAGCGCCAAGCCAAAGCCGGCUGUUGCGACACCCAAAAUUCUGACCCAGCCGCACAUUGCGCGCUCUGUGCCAGUCCCCGCUGAGGCGCCCCACACCCCACCAGGGAGCAACCAAGCCGAGGGCCAGAACGGCACCGCUGGAAGCAGCGUGGACCGCACAGGACAGUGGACUGCCACUGCUCAGGAAUCAGCCGCGCCGUCGUCGGACGUGAAGCAGGACUUGCCAGAGCGCCCGCGGUCCAUUGCAGUGGUCAAGAUGUCUGCAGCCGAAGACAGCAGCACCCAGCUGUCCUCGUCUGACGGCUCCGGGAAGCCGCCCAGCAUCGACGGGAAGAGCGUUGCUUCUGCCACCACCUUUGCCCUCGACGAGAAGGAGUCGCUCCGACCAGACGACAGCGCCAGCCUCAGAGCUGUCGAGGAGGAAGACAUCACCUCGCCGCCAGACUCGGUCGUCAACGACUCCCGCCACGGCUCAGACCAUGGCGCUGCGCGCGCUUUCCGCGACCAGCUGCACGAAAUUGCAGUCAUGAACCCUCAGUCGCAGCGUGGUGUGCCGCCAGGCCGCUUCCCCAACCUCCCGCCAGGCCCGCAUAUGCUGUACGACCCCACGCAGGCUCUGAGUGGUGGACGGCCACUGUCACAGCCUGCUGGAACUGGCAUGCCCACCAUGGCCGGCGUGCCCAGCCUGCCCUCUGCUCCCGACGAGAAGCUCAUCGAAGCACUGCAGUCUCCGCGCGACCGACUGUUUGUGGUCAAAAUCGAGCAAGACUUUAUCGACUUCAUCAAGGAUUCUCGCGAGAGCGAGUACUCGCUGCCCAACUGCAACACCUUUUACAGAAUGCUUGCGCAUCGUCUUGCCGACUACUACAUGCUUGGCCAUGUCGUCGACUCUACCAUGACGGGUGUGAAGAUCACGAGGACGCCCUUUUGCAGAAUCCCGCCUCCGCUGUCGCAGAUGGUCGAUGUGUCCAAGGGCGCAGACACGCCUCCGGUCGAGCUCCCUGCCCGCAAGAUUAUGCGCCGUGAAGACGCCAGCAACGCCGCUUCCAACUCGCAAAACCCAUCCAAGACGACCUCGGAAGUCGAUGGAAGCGAUGGCAGCAACGACGGCAAGGACAAGGCUGCCUUGACCCGUGAGGAGCGCGAGGCUCGGUACCGCGAGGCCCGUCAGCGCAUCUUUGGUGCCGAGGCCGAAGAGUCUGCCGCUGCCGAGGCAAGCGAAUCACCCGAAGACAAAGACAAGUCGGCAGACAAGUCGGCAGACGUGUCGCGGUCAAGCUCCGCGUCUGGCAAGAAGAAGAGCAAGAAGCAGCGCAACUACGACGACGAUGACUUCCAGGCCAGGUCUCACUUCAACGUCUACUACCCGCAGCAGUUUGCAGCACCCGGCUACCCGGCUGAGAACGCCGUCUACUACAGCGGCUAUUCGGGCGCCACACCCCACGCACAGUAUGUCGGCUCGCCGUCGACGGCCUACAGCAACCCGUACCCGGUCAUGGCAUCCCCUGAUGCUCAGUCUCAGUAUGGGUGGAGCGGUCAGCAGUUCCAGCCGCAGAGCGGGUCGGCAGUGUACCAGAGCGGGUCGGCAGUGUACCAGAGCGGGUCGGCAGUGUACCAGAGCUAUGCACAGAUGCAGCCGGGCUGUGACCUGUCGGCCGACUUCCAGCGAGGCCUGUCCCUGCAGCCUCCAGCCAUGCCUACUCAGCUCACGCCCAAAAUGGCCAACACACCCAUGGCCCCGUAUCAGGAGCCUUUCCAGCAAACCCACCACAUGUCCACCACGCAGGGUUGGCCGCAGAUGAACCAGCCGCACCCGUACUCUGUGGGCCAGGCUCCCUACAGCGCACCCACCAGCCGCCCCAUGUCCGCGCCCCAUCCGCAGCCAUAUGCGUACGGUCAGUUCCCACCAAAUCCCUACAACGGGCAGCCGAACCGCAACCAGCACCCUGUGCCCGGCAGCUGGAACCGCCAGCAGUUCAACCCGCAGAGCCAGGCCUUCAUUCCGGGCGGCCGCAACAUACCCUUGCACAUGCACCCGAACAUGGGCCAGGGGCCCCCUCAGAUGAACGGCCACAGUCCCUUCCAGAUGCAAGGCCAACCGCCAAUGGGCAGCCAACUGCCACGCAUAGGCCCCUCGGCCGGCAGCACGCCCUCGUUUGGCUCGCCACAAAGCCUCCACGGCAACGGCGCCGCGUCCAUGCACAGAAUCGCAUCCCAGACUGGCGAGCACAACUCGUCCCGCAUCCCCCCCGGCGAGCACAACUCCAUCGCCAAGUACGGCACGCCGGCGCACCUACCGCCCAAGCCCCCGGCGCCGCACCCGCCGCCCGCGCCCAAAUUCGAUCUCGCGAGCCUCAGCGCGAGUCGCGCAAACGUCCCUGCCUAA